AUGGAGCUCCUUACUGUGCUAAUAUACUAUAUCCUCUUCAUCAUCAUCUCCUCGACCACCGCUAUGAUGCCGCUGCGAAAUCACCCACGCGGGUUCGUCCUUGACGACUUCUGUAGAAGAUCCGUCAACAGUCUUGGUGCAUGGCAUGGCCCUGGCGAGAAUCUUAUGAUCGAAUACGACCAAGAUGACGACGAUGACUGUCUCAUACGACUAUCCCCUUCUAAUCCCGACCACAAUUAUCAUACCCAGUUCUCCUACUCCUGUUUCGACCUCUCCAGGCAUCGAAAGAUGUUCCUUCACGUCAAGUAUUCCGGCAGCGACGCGUUCACUAUUUCGCUAUAUCAACACAAUGCGGCCUGUAACCAAUGGCGUGCUCCAUUUCCAGGGACAUUCGAUAGCGUCGAAGCAUCUCGCUACACAACCGAUGACGGAGGAGACAUCUACGUUCCUUUGUCCCAUUUCUACAUCAACCUCGAACGAGCAUCAUCAGUUGCUUUUCAUGGCUUUUACACGAGCGAAGAAACUGUUCUUCACAAAGUCGAGAUUCUUCAGCAUUUACCCGACGAUGUCAAUAUACCUAGAAAGCUGCCAACAGGGACAAUGGUUUUGAACUGCAAGAGACCAAACUCUUUUGCGUUUGGCAUUGAUGACGGUGACCCAGCACUGGCGCAAGAGGUUAUGGAGAUACUUGAGGAUGAAGACAUCAAAGUCACCUUUUUUGUUGUUGGGAGAGGAUUGAAGGAUCCAAGCACUAAUUUCACGAAUUUGUAUUCUGAGAUGCUUGAGAAAGGUCAUCAGAUUGCGUUGCAUUCUGAUACACAUCCAAAGAUGGAAGGUCUGCAGUCGGAAGAUGAAAUUGAUGAUGAGAUUACAGGUGGGCAGCACGCUCUCAAGGAUCUUCUUGGAGUUGAAUCUCGAUACUUUCGCCCUCCUUACGGCACCGUCGGAGCCCGGAUGAGAGAACGACUAGCGACCCAUAUCGAUGACCCGUACAUCGUCAACUGGAGUGUGGACGUUGAGGACUGGCUAUGGGCAAAUACCGAUGAACCCUGGCGGCAAUUGAAAGCAUUCCGUCGCGACGUUGAGCGAGGGGGAGACCUGGUAGUGAUGCAUUACCUCACCUGGAGUACGGUCAAAUACUUUCGAGAUUUUAUAGAUAUUGUUAAACAGAAAGGCAAGCAGAUUAUGAGGAUUGAUCAGUGUAUGAUGGAUGCCGAUGCUCCUGAAUUAUCGAGUGUGGAGUCAUGGAAUGAGCAUAGGGAGUCGAAGAUACUACGAACACAGUUUCAUAGCCAACCUGAACAUGAAGGUGAUUCGGGAGAUGAGGAAUGGGAAUGA